AAAUUUUUCUAUCAAAGUGCUUAGGAACGGCGAAUUUUGUAGUGGACAAACCUUGAUGCUGUUAAAAUGCGACUUAUUUCCAUCGACCCAGAACAACUUUACCAAAAAGACCCCAACAUAAAACGGGAAGAUGUGAAAACCCUGCAAGAGUGGUUGAGGAAGCAACCGCAUCUACCUAAGAUUGAAGAAUCGCAAGCCAUCAUCUUUCUACACAGCUGCUGCUACAGCAUCCAGGCAACCAAACGAACAAUCGAUUGCUACUUCACCCGACGAACUCGGCAUCCAGAAAUAUUUAGGUACCCAUCGGCAGAUCGAUUAAAUAAGGCCCUUCCCAUCAGUCUGCAGCAAUACUUACCGAGGAAAACUCCCGAAGGGUACAGGGUGCUCCUGAAAAGACUCAUGGACGUUAAAGUGGAAUAUUUCAACUUCACCAACGAAAUUAUGUUGAUAAAUUUAAUAAUUGCGUUGUCUAUUCACAAACACGGGAUCUCAGAAGGAUUGGUCUCGGUUUUCGAUUUUCAAGGAGUCGCACUGGGCCAUCUAGCGAGAGUGAAUCUGUCGGUCUUGAAAUGUGCACUGGAUCAUCUACAGGAAGGACUGCCGGUCAGGGUCAAAGGCAUACACGUGAUCAACGCAGUACCAUUCAUGGAUAAAAUUCUAGCGUUGGUGAAGCCUUUUCUUCAGCGUGAAUUAUACGAAAUGAUCCAUAUCCACUCGUCUUUUGAUUCGUUGUACAAAUACAUACCAAAAGAGUGCUUGCCUUCCGAUUACGGUGGAGAACUACCCUCAUGUCAGGUCUUCUGGGAAGAGUUGAAAAAGGACCUUUUCGACAACGCACAGUUUUUCCAAUGGCACGAUUCGCAAGCAGUGGACGAAUUAAAAAGAAUGGAAAAAUCUACUGUUUUGGAUUCAACUUUAGGCGUGGACGGAACGUUCAAGAAGCUCGAAAUUGAUUUCGGCGACUUGCUGGGGUACAAGAUGCACUUGACAUGUAUCGAAGCAGAAAAAUUGUACCUAAGAGACCCGAAAAUCAAGCCUGAAGAUGUGAAAAUCCUGCAAGAGUGGCUCAAGAAGCAGCCCCAUCUACCAAAUUUGGAAGAGUCGCAAGUGAUCAUCUUUCUCCAUAGUUGCUACUACAGCAUCCAGGCUACCAAAAAGACCAUUGAUUGCUAUUUCACUAGACGGACUCUUCGUCGGGAGCUGUUUAACCUACCCACUGAAGACACAAUAAGGAAGGCUUUUUCCGUUGGUUUUAAGAAAAUUCUUCCAAGGAAAACGCCUCAGGGAUAUGUCGUCAUGAUUUCCGGACUGGUCGACCACAGACCGGAUCGUUACAUCUUCAACAAUGAAGUGCUGCUGCUAAAUUUGCUCUAUUCUUUGCACAUUUUCCAACAAGGAUUCUCAGAUGGGCUAGUAGGAAUAAUUGACUUUCAAGGGGGUACUUUGGGGCAUCUAGCCAGAGUGAAUUUGUCUACACAGAAAUUUAUGAUAGACCAUCUCCAGGAAGGCAUUCCCAUUAGACUAAAGAGCAUCCACAUGGUCAACACCCCGUCAUUCAUGGACAAAAUAAUGGCGAUUCUCAAGCCACUAAUGAGUAGCAAAUUAUUUGAGAUGAUACAGGUUCACUCGACUUUGGACACUUUGUAUAAAUACGUCCCGAAGGAGUGUCUGCCUGAGGAUUAUGGAGGAGAACUUCCGUCUCGUCAGAUGAUGCAAGAAGAGACGUUGAAGGAGGUUUUCGACAACCUGGAUUUUUUUAGAUGGCACGAUUCCCAGGUGGUCGAUGAGUCGAAGAGAAUUGGACAGCCGAAUAUUACGCAGAGUACUUUUGGGGUGGAAGGAACUUUCAAGAAACUGGCGAUUGAUUAGUUUUAGAUUACUUAGGAGAUUUUAUUGGUUAUAUACAAAUAUGAUGUAAACUAGAUGCUCAUUUUUCUUUGUUUCCUAGACAAAAUAGACUGGUGAAUUUAAUUUGUUUUCAAUAAAGAUUUUUGUAAACAA